UGGUCGCUGUGCGGGCUCCGCCGCGCCGGGGGCGGGGACAACCUCCUCCCGCGGAGCGCGGUGCCGCCCCCUUCCUCGCUCUCUAGCUCCCGGCUGAACCCCCAAGCGGAGAAGACGAGAGUCGGCUCGAAGUUCCCGAGCUGGUUUUCGUCCACCUGGCAGCUGCGGGAGGAGGAACAUGGCGCUCGUAGGCAACCGAGUGGAACUGGAAGCGGACGAGGACAUCUUUGAAGAUGCCUUGGAAACCAUUUCUAUAUCUUCUUCGCCCUCGGACAUGGCAGCAAGCAACUUUCACUUUGCAUCACGCGAUACUAAACGGGGGCCCAGACAGCUUGGAGAAUCUGAUAUGAGCAGUUCAUCAUCAACUAAGGUGGAUCUCAAGAGUGGCCUAGAAGAAUGUGCAGUGGCAUUGAACUUAUUUCUAAGUAACAAGUUUACAGAUGCCUUAGAACUGCUUCGUCCAUGGGCCAAGGAGAGUAUGUACCAUGCCUUGGGCUACAGUACCAUUGUGGUGUUGCAGGCUGUCAUGACGUUUGAGCAGCAGGACAUCCAGAAUGGCAUUUCUGCCAUGAAGGACGCUUUACAAACCUGCCAGAAAUACAGGAAAAAGUGCACUGUUGUAGAAUCUUUCUCAAGUCUUCUUUCUCGAGGAUCACUGGAACAACUGAGUGAAGAGGAAAUGCAUGCGGAAAUCUGUUAUGCCGAGUGUCUCCUACAGAAAGCAGCCCUCACAUUUGUGCAGGAUGAAAAUAUGAUUAACUUCAUCAAAGGUGGACUCAAAAUUAGAACAAGUUACCAAAUAUAUAAAGAAUGUCUUUCUAUCCUUCAUGUAAUUCAGAAGAACAAGCAUAAGCAGGAAUUCUUCUAUGAGUUUGAAGGAGGUGUCAAGCUUGGAACAGGAGCCUUUAAUUUGAUGUUGUCCCUUUUGCCAGCAAGAAUUAUCAGACUACUAGAAUUCAUUGGAUUUUCUGGAAACAGGGAAUUGGGCCUCUUGCAGUUACGGGAAGGUGCAUCAGGAAAGAGCAUGAGGUCUCCGCUUUGCUGCCUAACCAUCCUAGCCUUCCAUACUUACAUCUCACUGAUACUUGGGACAGGAGAAGUGAAUGUGGUAGAAGCCGAGCGUCUCCUUGCACCCUUCCUCCAGCAGUUUCCAAAUGGCUCACUCAUGUUGUUCUAUCAUGCUCGGAUUGAGCUGCUGAAAGGGAAUAUUGAAAAGGCACAAGAGAUAUUUCGAAAAUGCAUUUCAGUUCAAGAAGAAUGGAAACAGUUUCACCAUCUCUGUUACUGGGAGCUAAUGUGGACAUGUAUAUUUCAACAAAAUUGGAUGCAGGCAUAUCACUAUUCAGAUCUACUUUGCAAAGAGAGUAAAUGGUCAAAGGCAACAUAUGUGUUCUUGAAAGCUGCCAUUUUGAGUAUGCUUCCAGAGGAGGAGGUGGCAGCAACUAAUGAGAAUGUGGUAACUCUAUUUAGACAGGUGGAUGGCUUGAAGCAGAGAAUUGCUGGCAAAUCUCUCCCUACUGAGAAGUUUGCUGUGCGGAAGGCGCGGCGUUACUCCCCCUCCUUGCCUGCUCCUGUGAAACUCAUCUUGCCAGCCCUGGAAAUGAUGUAUGUCUGGAAUGGUUUUCCAAUAGUGAGCAAAAGGAAUGACCUUUCUGAAAAUCUCUUGAUAACUGUUGAAAAGGCUGAGGCAGCUUUACAAAAUGAAAGCUGCAAUGAUUAUUCUAUGGAUGAUGAGUGCUUAGUGAAGUUGCUUAAAGGAUGCUGCCUCAAGAAUUUGCAGCGGCCUUUGCAGGCUGAACUGUGUUUCAACCACGUGCUGGAAAGUGAAAAGCUACUGAAGUAUGACCACUACCUAGUGCCAUUCACUUUGUUUGAGCUUGCAUUUUUGUAUAAAAGCCAAGGGGAAAUUGACAAGGCCAUAAAAGUCCUAGAAACUGCAAGAAAUAAUUACAAAGAUUAUUCCUUGGAGUCCAGACUACACUUCCGAAUUCAAGCAGCUCUUCACCUCUGGAAAAAAACAUCCUCAGAUUGAACAGAACAUGAAGGAUGGAAUUUUCGUUGAUUAGCAUCAGCAUCUGCUAUAGAUUAAACUUUGUAUUAAAAGGGAAAGUGAUCUUGUGAAUAACAGACAGCAGAACAGUUGGUCAAUAUUUUCUAUCAUCUGAGUACUUUACUGGUGGUGUACAUAAUCCUUCCUCCUUAUGGAAUGCCAUUCAGUACUAUCUAGAAAAUUCUCAUACUUUGCUUCUCAAAAAGGAUUUCAUAUUAGACUUUCAGUGGGUGGAAGAGUCUUUUAAAAGACUCACAGGUACAAUAAAGUCCCAUUAGGUUAUUUAUUUUUUAAUGUGGAAAUUAAUAUUAUUUAAGUAGUUAAUGGUUUUACAAGUUGAGCCAUUUUUAGGUUGGUCAUGUAUCUUCACAGAUAUUUUGUUGUCUAGUAUUUAAAUCUCAGAGGGGGAAGUAUCACAUUCAAAAUAAUUUAAUAGAUUUCUCAGUAUUCUGGAAAAGACAAGAAGAGGGCUUGAGCUAGGUUAAGAUAGAUUGAAUUUGAUAGGUUGAAUAGCUCUAUUAAAGAUGUUAUCUAUUAAAGAUAUUAAAGAUGGUAGGUUGUUGGAUUUUAUUCCUUAUGUUUGUUAAUGUUGGUGAUAUUUUGAGAGUGUCCUGGUUUUGAAUGUACUUACAUCUAUUUUAUCAACACUCAACAACAUUAGACAUAAUCCCUGUAUAUCUAUUUAACAGGAGAAAAAGUCAUAUUUUAGAAAUUAUCCUUAACCUUGGCAGUGAAGCCUAAAAUAUACACACUAUUUUUUAUAGGAAGUAAAGUUCCUGCUGCUUUAAAUGAUAAUGUAAAAUACUAAUAAUUUUUACACUUAGAAUGUUGGUAAGAUCUCAUUUUCUAAUCUCUCUAGCACUGUGAUGAUUCCUUAUAAACAUCUGGACUGUUCUUUUUCCCUUGGCAGCAGAUUCAGGACAUGGAGCUGGGAAGAGCCCAGUUCUGUUUGGUCCUGGCUCUGCUACUGAUAAGCAAUUAACAGGGUGACCUUUAAGAGAGUCCCUGUUCUUCAUGCAUCACCAUAUGACUUUCAAGGUCUAUUUUAGUUUUAUAACUGUGAGUCUAUGUAUUAGGCAUUUAUUUUCAACAAACAGUGCUCAGUGUUAAACUGAAACCAUUCCAUUUAGAGUGUUGUAGUUCUCAAUCAUUUUUGUUUCCUGUGACUUCUCAAUAUGUUUGUGUUAUAAUGAAGGACCAGGUUCCAUCCAGUGAGAGGAAACAAUUUGUGAGUCAAGGAGACUGGGUUUUGUCCUACUUCUAUUUCUGUUUUGGAGAAUUGUAACUUGCCAUGGGAAGUUCUAUAUUUUCACAGAUUGGGAGUCAGGAGUCUGUCUCUGUUAAUAGUUCCAUGAUACAGAGCAAGUGACUUUACGCAUUCUGGGGCAAGGUUUUCCUAGUGAGGAUAGCAAGACAUAUUUGUGCCAGUGAGUGCUUGACUAGACCAUACAGAUAGUAGCUUUCUGUAAACUGGGAGUGUCUGUAUGAAUAUGGGCGUGUAAUAAUUAUGGGCUUACACUACUAACAGUUUUUGUGUAAAAGAUUGGCUGAGUCUGUGGACUCUGCUAUGAUAAAAGAAGUAGAAAUUUAAAACUCUUUGUAAAUGUGUUCACAUAUCAUAAGUUUGAUUACCAGUUUGUACUAGUAAAAGCCCAGAUUGCGAAUUUGCUCCUUACUAUCCUCGGAUAUUGGACCCUGUGCCCAGCAGGUGUCUGAUGCCCUUCUAUUUAUGUAGUGAGUCUGGAUCGACAUUGAGGAAGUAUUUCCAGGAGAAGGAGAUUAAUACAAUCUGAGUCAGAGUACCAUCCUGUCAUUAAUAUCACCACUGAAGGGUAGAUGUUAAUAUGUCCUAUUAAUAGAAAUUAAAUAACUUGGGCUACAGACAAGAGAAAUCUAGUAUGCUGUAAUUAUUAAUGGAAAAUAUAUUCAAUAAUUAUUGUGUAUAUAGCUUUGAGAAAAAGUUUAUAAAUUCUUAAGAGCUCUGGUAGCAUUAUUUUUUUAAAAACAUGUUUAUUGUUAAAACGUAUAUGCCCAUUUUAUUUUUGUGAGAGGUGAUCAGAACUGAAAGUCGAAAAAAUUCUCAUCCUGGCAUAAAAUAUAAAACACUUAAACUAAUAGUGAUUGUUUUAAUUUUAGCUGAUUAUAAAACAAAUAUAAAGGACAUUUAAAAUU